AUGACAACAGUACCAGCACUCAAGGCCGCCCUCAACAACGUCAACGCGCAACUCACAGUGCGGGACGCCCAACUGGCCAACCUCGAAACGCAGCUCAAGAACCUGAAAACGCGGCUCAACAACCAAAGCUCGCAUCUCAUCCAAGCGGCACAAGAGUUAUACGCGCCUAUGAUUCUCCCUGGCAUAUAUGUCUCGCUCAAAGGCUUAACCAUGUCACAAGAUAGCAUAAUCGUGGGAGCGGGAGGGAAGCGAAAUGCGGGAGGGAUCCAGAAUGACGAGAGGAAGAAGGAAGAGGGAAAAGAUAAGGGGAGAGAAGAGAAACAGGGACAGGGUGAGAAGGAAAAGGGGGAAAAGGAUGGGGAGAAGAAGGGGGAUGCACGGAACGAUGAGGAUGAGGAGCAGAAUGCAGAGUAG